AUGUCCUUAUUCAAGAAUGUUCUUUAUUUCCAAGCUGGAUUUGGAUUCCUAGCCAAUACAAUUCUUCUUUUUUUCUAUACUUUUAUAAUGUUAGGUCACAGACCUAAACCCACAGACUUGAUUUCCUGUCAACUGACUUUCAUUCACAUAAUGAUGUUCCUCACUGGAGGGGAUAUUUGCCUUACAGACAUAUUUGAGACACUGAACCUAGAGAAUGACUUUAAAUGUAAGACAAUAUUUUACAUAAGCAGGGUAAUGAGAGGCCUCUCGAUCUGCACCACCUGCCUCCUGGGUGUGGUCCAGGCUGUCACAAUCAGUCCCAGUACCUCACUGUUGGCAAAGUUUAAACAUAGACUGAAAGUGUACAUGACCUAUGCUUUCUUCUGUAUUUGGUCUUUCAAUUUGUUCUACAGUAGUAACCAGAUUUUCUAUGUGGGUGGUUUUACCAAUGUAAGUGAAACCAACCAGAUGAAGGUCACUAAAUCCUGUUCACUCUUCCCCAAGAACUACAUCAUCAAGGGCUUGAUUUUAACAGUGUCAGUCUCCAGAGAUGUUUUUCUUGUAGGAGUCAUGUUGACAACCAGCAUGUACAUGGUGAUUAUCUUGUUUAGGCAUCAAAGGCAAUGUAAGCAUCUUCACAGCACCAGCCACUUGAGAGCAUCCCCUGAGAAAAGAGCCACCCAGACUAUCCUGCUGCUGGUGGUUUGCUUUGUGGCCAUAUACUGGGUGGACUUCAUCAUCUCAUCUUCCUCAGUCCUGUUAUGGAUGUAUGACCCAGUCGUCCUGACUGUUCAGAAGUUUGUGAUGUAUGCCUAUCCCACAAUUACUCCUUUGAUACAAAUCAGUUCUGAUAACAGAAUAAUAAUUAUGCUGGAAAACAUGCAUUCAAAGUGUCACAAAAUUCUUUUAAAUAUGUUUUUACCUUUUCUUUGA